CUCCAGGGGUUAUUUGCAUUCUUCAUACUGGUUCACAAUCAACUAAUCACUUAUUAUGGGACCUCCUUUGCUCACACACGGGUCAACGAUACCGACAGCUUGGGCCGUUCCUUCAAACUAAACCUGUUUUAACCGAUCGCCACAGUCUUGCGCGAAAUGACUUCAGAUCGGUCUUCACAAUUACAGAGGUUCAUCGUGCAGAGGAAUCCUCUUAUCUCUCAAUCUCAAUCUACUCGUCUCUCAAUGCAAUUGAUUCACCCCCGCCCAUGCAUUAUCCCAAUCAUACAUCCGAUCAGGACAGCCCUGAAUACCAUCCUUCCUCCGUCGUUGGCUCGUACUGGCAUACAGGUGCCUCAUUGAGCCCGGACAUGUCGGCUUCAACGACACAGGCAUUCAUUGAACCGCAUGCGAAUUUCCCAUUGAAUUCUCAUGUGCGCAAUCCAAGUGCGCACCUCCCACACCUAUCCUAUCCACCAGCAAUGGGCCCGUCAGGCUUUUCGAACCCAGACCAACGUGUAGCUCCCCCUCGCGGCAAUGUCGUCAACAACAAGGUUGCAAUACCUCGCUUGGCAGCUCCAACGACUUCCAGAGGUAGACGACGCUCGGUGCGGGCAUGCGAGUCCUGUCGACAGCGUAAAAUCAAAUGCGAUGGUGUGCGACCUACCUGUGGUCAGUGCACCUAUCACAAUGACCGAUGCCAGUACGAGGAUGUGAAACGCGUGCGCGAUCAGAAGAUGCUCGAGUUGCUUGCGAAACGGACUGAACGGUAUGAAUCUUUGCUUCGCGAUCUGGAGGGGGAUGUUGAUGCACCCACAGCGCGAAGGAUUAGGAAAGCGCUGAAGGUCAAGGAUAAAAAAACGGCUCGCAACAAGGACGACCCCGAUGAUUCGGAUUCGGAUUCGGAUUCCUCGGUCGGCUCGCUGGAAGCGGUUGAUCUGGUGGAAGAAGAUCUAAAUCGCAAUGAGACGACUCGUGCCGCGGGGUUUUUCGGUAAAAACUCAGAGGUCACUUGGAUACAACGCUUGGAGGAUGAUGUCGAGCAAAAGACUUCCGGGCCUAGUAGUCGCCUCCAGUCAACCUCGGAAUCAUCGGCAGUGGUCUCGCAAGCACAGAGUCCACUCGUUCUCCCGGCUUUACUGCCCUCUCAAGUGAAAAAGGGCCGUGAUUUACCCAUCGCGAUGAUGAAUUAUCAUCUCGAUGAUCUAGAUAUUCCCGUUCUCGAUGAUGAUUCCGAUCCAAUGACCGUGCCGCCGCGUGAACUUGCGGAUCAAUACUUCGAUGCGUAUAUGACCUUUGUCCAUCCGACGUUUAGCGUCCUACGCAAGUCGACGUUCACGGCGCAGUAUAUGCAGUUCUUUAACAGGCCUACCAAGCCGCCACCGAAAUGGCUUGGUAUUCUCAAUAUGAUCUUUGCCAUUGGUUGUCGAUACUGCAAGCUUAUGGACCCCAGUGAGGGUAGCGCUUGGGAAGAUGGGCUCGUCUAUUUGACUCGGGCUCGGCAUUUGAGUCUUAACGAUAAUGUGCUUUUCGAGCAUACCGAUCUACAGCAGAUUCAACUGGAGUUCUUGGUGGCGGUGUAUCUGCUCUGUUUGGGUCAAAUUAACAGGGCAUCUAAAUUUUCUAGCAUGGCUCUUCGCUCAGCCUUAUCACUUGGUCUCAACCUCCACCUCACGGAUGGUCGAACGCACGACGCCUCAAAAGAAGCCCGUUGUAGACUUUGGUGGUCUAUCUACUCCCUUGAACACCUCCUAACCUCCAUGCACGGUCGAGCCUCCUGCGUCGGAGAAGGUCUCUGCUCGGUCCCACCUCCCCUCCCCUUUGAAGAAGAAUUUUUCGAACAACCAGACAUCUCCCGCCUCUUGCAGGAUAGGGCAUUCCGCGAAGCCCAGCUUCGGCCAACCCUCUUCGAAACACCGUCUCAACUACAGAGUGGUCCGACCUGGAUGGUAGAUUGCAAGCCCUGCCCGGCACUAUUCUUCUACCACCUCACGGAUCUCGCUUUGAUAUCGCAGGCUGUCUUGAACAAAAUAUACAGUAUCGAGGGUGUUCGCGAGGGAGCGAGCGCGACGGAGUACCGUUUACAAAAAUACAGUCUUCGCAUGGAUCGAUGGCUGGCCAAAGUCCCGCCUCCUUAUCAAUUCACAGUCCCCGAAGCCGGACCCUGGAGUAUAAACCACGCCCAGCUCGACAACGAAAACGUCCCCCUCGCGCGUGAACGAGUCUGUCUAGCAAUGAACUACUACUCAGCCCGUGUCAUGCUGUGCAGACCGUGUCUCUCGCAAACACACACCCCACAGCCUUCAAAUGGACCACCCGUGCAGGACGCCAAUCAUCGAGCAAAAUUGAGAACGAAUCUGGCAACGGACUGUCUCCAGGCUGCAUGCUCUCUUAUCUCCAUUCUCCCCGAUGACCCGGAAAUCCCAUGGUUAGUCCGCAUGACACCCUGGUGGAGCGUCCUACACUUCACCAUGCAGGCGACAACGGCCCUUCUCCUGGCCCUAUCGUUCGUUUGUUUCCCGGAAUCGAACCCUUCAAGCUCGACCUCGACCUCGACCUCGACUUCAACCCCGGGAUUUAAGUCUAACACCGGGUGGGCCUCGGGGUCCGGUUCGGACUUUUCAACCCCAAAUGCCUUCGUCCUUUUGGAUACGGAUAUUGAGACUGUCAUUGCGCAGUCUAAGAAGGCGCUACGCUUGAUUCAUACUAUGGCUCGCGUGGAUCCUGCUGCCAGACGAGCGUUUUUGCUUUGUGAUGGAGUAGUCAGGAAGCUUGCGCCGGCCUUGAAGCUUGAUUUGACGGAUUGGCCGAACGCGGAGUCGUUGGUUGGUGGCGCUGGUGGUAGUGAUGGUCAUAGUAGUAGAGAGCAGGGCGAGAGUGAAGACCACGGUGGAGGGGUUGCGGAUUAUGGGAGUCGAAUGGAGGGGUUGGAGGAAUUGGUUGAUUUUGAUGGUGGAGGGUAAGAGAGCCUUUUAAGUUAAGUGUAUGAGUAGGUAGGUGCUCAACUGUUGGAUGAUUUUAUGAUCAUGACUUAUGGGGAAUGUGGACGUCCAAUACCGACGAUACUGAAUGAAUUGUCCUCCUCUUUUCGGACCAGUGUAAGUCAUAACCAGUUGAUUGAUUUCUCCGGUUCUCAAGUGAGAAUGGGUAGCUCUCUCUUUUUUAUACUCAAGACAGUUGCCAUGCCUUAUGUCAAGGGCACAUUUUCAGGUCCUUUUACGAAUGAAUUAGAACAGAUCAG